ACAAUGCUGAAUCUCUGAGAAGAGCCUUCGUGGUAACUUCAGAAACUCCAGAGGAAUCUCGGAAAUUCCUCUAGCUCAGACAGGCUCUGCUCAGGUUACAAACACGUUAUUUUGCUCAGUCCCUCCCAACUGCUGACUCAUCAGGAAAGAAGCAUGGUUUCGAUUUCAGUUCUCUUUAUCUCAACUUGUGUUUGGGUGGCUGUUAUUUUGCAACUUCUAACAGUGGCUGUUUCAAGCAGCCUAGAGCAGGAGGAAGUCCAGCGAAUGAGCCUAGUGGGCUGAGGACUCGUCCCUGCUGCCGAGCCAUCGCCGGAGUGCUGUGGCGUCUUCGUUGACCAUGGAGGCACCCAUUUGUCUGGUGCAGAACUGGCAAGAGCAGCUGACACUAAACCCGGAGGCUCUAAGGAUUCUUGAGAAGAUAUCUCAGCCUCUGGUGGUGGUAGUCAUUGUUGGCUUAUAUCGUACAGGGAAGUCCUACCUCAUGAACCGUCUUGCAGGACAGAACCAUGGCUUUUCCUUGGGUUCCACAGUGCAGUCUGAAACCAAGGGCAUCUGGAUGUGGUGUGUGCCCCACCCCACCAAGCCAAACCAUACCCUGGUCCUUCUGGACACAGAGGGCCUUGGUGACAUAGAAAAGGGUGACCCUAAGAAUGACUGCUGGAUCUUCGCCCUGGCCGUGCUUCUAAGUAGCACCUUUGUCUACAACAGCAUGAGCACCAUCAACCACCAGGCUCUGGAGCAGCUACACUAUGUGACUGAAUUAACACAGCUAAUCCGGGCAAAAUCCAGCCCCAGAGAGGAUGAAGUAGAGGACUCUAGUGAAUUCGUGGGUUUCUUUCCAGAUUUUGUCUGGGCUGUUCGGGAUUUCAUUCUGGAGCUGAAGUUAGAUGGACGCAUCAUCACAGCAGAUGAGUACCUGGAGAAUGCCCUGAAGCUGAUUCCAGGAAACAAUCCCAAAGUCAAAAAAUCCAACAUGACCAGAGAAUGUAUCAGAUAUUUCUUCCCAGUACGGAGAUGCUUUGUCUUUGACCGGCCCACAAGUGACAAAAAUUUAUUAUUACAAAUUGAAAAAGUUCCAGAAAACCAACUGGAAUGGAAUUUCCAGGUUGAAUCCAAAAAAUUCUGUUCCUACAUCUUCACCAAUGCAAAGACGAAGACCCUGAGAGGGGGAAUUAUUGUCACAGGAAAUCGACUGGGAACUCUGGUGCAGACCUAUGUGGAUGCCAUCCAUAGUGGAACUGUGCCUUGUUUAGAGAAUGCAGUGAUGACCCUGGCAGAGCGUGAGAACUCUGCAGCUAUGCAGAAGGCAGCUGACCAUUACAGUGAGCAGAUGGCCCAGCGAGUGAGGCUUCCAACAGACACACUCCAGGAGCUGCUGGAUGUGCACACAGCCUGUGAGAAGGAAGCCAUUGCUGUCUUCAUGGAGCACUCCUAGGAUGAUGAGCAAGAGUUCCAAAGGAGGCUGGUGGCUGCCAUAGAAGAAAGGAAGGAGGCUUUUAUGCAACAGAAUGAAUCAGCAUCUCUCAGUCACUGCCAGGCUGAGCUGGAGAAGCUGGCAGAGCCCCUGAAGGAGAGUGUCUCAAGUGGAGCUUUUUCUGUGCCUGGCGGGCACAGCCUGUACAUAGAGGCCAGGGAGAAGGUUGAGCAGGGCUAUGAGCAAGUGCCCAGGAAGGGAGUGAAGGCAAAAGAGGUUCUCAAGAGCUUCCUACAGUCACAGGCUAUUGUAGAGAACUCCAUCCUGCAGUCAGACAAAGCCCUUACAGAUGGACAGAGGGCCAUAGCAGCUGAGCGGACAAAGAGGGAGGUCGCUGAGAAGGAACGAGAGCUACUGAGACAGAAAGAGAAGGAGCAAGAGCAAGUGAUGGAAGCUCAAGAGAGAAGCUUCCGAGAAAACAUCACUAAACUUCAGGAGAAGAUGGAGAGGGAAAGGGAGACACUUCUGAGAGAGCAAGAGAAGAUGCUGGAGCACAAGCUGAAGGUCCAAGAAGAAUUGCUUGUGGAAGGAUUCAGAAAGAAAUCUGAAAUGUUAAAUAAUGAAAUAAGCCUACUAAGGGAAGAGAUUGAGACAACUAGAAGGAAACCCUCACUGUUUGCACAAGUCCUUGACACAGUUGGCGAUGCAUUCAUGAUGGUUUUACCAGGAGUUGGUAAAAUAUGUGGUGUAGGGCUGAAAGCUCUCAGCUCACUUAUGAAGUAGUCUGAGAGUUCCUGGGGAGGAAUUCAUAAAAACUAGCCUUCUAUUAUUUUGAUACUGCAAGUCUAUGCCUUGUUUUAAAAAUACAUGUGCUACUUUAAUAAUCAGUGUUGUAUAAACGAGGUUGGAACUCCCAUGAUUUGUUGAAUAAUCGAAGAGACACCACCCUAUUGGAGUUGAGAGUCAGAGUCUGUUCAUUAGCAGUUACAAUCACGAUUAAAAAUACAAACCCAUGGUUCAAGGAUAUAAGGGUCUGACAUCCAUAAAUCCCAUCAAAUUUCAUUGACAUAAUCUAUGUAGUACAGAGGGAAACCAGUCAGAAUAUAUAGAAAUUAUUUCUAGAAAGGAUAUAAGUAAAAUAAAUAAAUAAAUAAAGGCCCAAUGGAGAAACAUUGGCAAUUGUAUCCCGGCCAUAACAAUAAUUCAUUGUGAAGAGCUCCUAUAUAAAGACACAAGUAGAUUUUCACAGGAAAAGUAUGAAAAAAAUGUUAAGCUGAUUGGUAAUAAAAGCUGUGCAGAUUAAAAUUAUAAA